AAAAUUAGCAUUGUUGUUUCUCAUUUGCUAGCAGAGAGGCGUCUUGUGUUGCGUUGGUAAAAAUAAAACUUAAAAUGUCGCUUGUGCCCCCGACUAAAGGUUCCUCGUGGAAAUGAAGGGCAGCGUUGACAAUGUCCAACUCAGUUAAAAAAGUGAAAAAAGGAGAAAGAUUGCCACAGAAAUCAGCAGGAAUCCAGAACAAGGCAUCUCAUGAUCUCAGGAGGCUCCUCUCCUUGCUUGACAAAAGCUGCCCCAGACAAGAGUCUUUGUGUUUGCAGGUGGCAGCGCUGAGUCACAGUAAAGCAUGCGGCAGUGGAUCCAGCAGAUCUCUGCAGUCUCCAAAAGACGCCAGCCGACACAGGAGUGAGAGCAACUUCAGCAAUGAAGCGUCUGAACUGGAGAAAUUCAGCACAAAGUAUAAAGACGAGAGAUGUUUCAGUAAACACCCACUGCACAAACUGUUCUCUGACAUUCUCACAUCUUUGAUCAAGAACCGACUGUGCAGUGAAUGGAUUGAACAUGCACCACCUCAGUCUGUCCUGGGAGUCCUUAUCUGUCUGCGAUUACUGAUCCGAGAUCCCCACCAUCAGAAAAUCCUCCAUCAGCUCAAAGGCAUCGCUUUACUCACCAAGUACAUGGAAUCCGUCACCGCCUCGUACAUAUCUCGUGGAGAGCAGGCGUUUGCUACUCAGAAACUGGUCACGAUGACCUACAUGUUUCAGAAGCUGUCUGCCGCCGGAAAUCAAAGGGUCUGGGUCAUCGAGAGCGGCGCUCACAUGACGCUGGUGAAGCUCCUCUCCACAUCGGACAGCAGCGUCCUGCUGGGAGCCCUCCUGGCUCUCACCACUUUGGCUGAGAGUCCAGAAUGCAGGAGGGAGAUCGGUGAGCUGCCUAUCGCGGAGAGUCUUCUUGUAAUUCUGCAGGAAUACGACCUGCUGUCAAAGAGGAUGAGUGCUGAGCUGCUGAGGCUCCUGUCCCUGGUGCAGCAUGUGAGGGCCCAGGUGAGGGAGCUGGAGGGCGUCCCGGUGCUGCUCAGCCUGCUCCACGGCCAACACCUGAAGCUGCUGUGGAGCGUCGCCUGGAUCCUGGUGCAGCUCUGCGAGGAUCCUGAGACCAGGGUGGAGAUCCGGAGCUGGGGUGGAGUGCAGCAGCUCCUCCGGCUGCUCGACAGCGACAGACAGUUCGUCUCUGACCGCUCCUCCAUCGAGAUUCUCUCCAGCGCCAACGCCGCCGGUCGCAUCCAGAGGGAGCACACAAGAGAGAAACUGAGUCCACAGGAGGAGGUGGACAACGCCGUCUCCCUGCAGUCAGCCUGCUGUGCAGCUCUGACCGAGAUGAGUCUGGACGACACAUCUGCUCACCACAUCGUACAGGUAAGAAAAAGUCUUUACUUCACAUUAAACACUUUGUGCAAAUUAACUGUGGUUUUCUCUCCUCAGGAAAAUGGCAUCUAUAUAAUCUCGAAGUUGAUUUUACCACAUAAAGCUGGAGCAAAGGACACUUCUCUGCAGUUGUACGCUUUCCGGACACUCAGAUUUCUCUUCAGUGUGGAAAGAAACCGACAUCUGUUCAAAAGACUCUUUCCUGCAGACCUCUUUGAGCUGUUUAUUGAUGUCGGACAUUAUGUGCGGGACCUCGCAGCCUACGAGGGUCUGAAAACCAAGGUUUCGUUCUACACUGAGGAAGAACUGGACAGUCUGACAGAAAGUAUCAAGGUCCUGGACCAGAACCGACCUCCUCUUAGAGUGAUCAGCAGUUACGCCAUACUGGACCACCUGGGCACCGGCGCCUUCGGGAGCGUCUUUAAGGUCCGAAAGCAGAGCAACCAGAACCUCCUGGCUCUGAAGGAGGUGAACCUGCACAACCCGGUGUUUGGCAAAGACAAGAAGUCCAGAGACAGUAACGUGGAGAAAAUCAUCUCCGAGCUCACGAUCAUCAAAGAGCAGAUGACGCACCCGAACAUCGUUAAAUACUACAAGACAUUUUUAGAAGGUGACAAGCUGUACAUCGUGAUGGAGCUGAUCGAGGGGGUGCCGCUGGCCGAACACUUUAAUUCUCUGAAGGAGAAGCAGCAGCUGUUCACUGAAGACAGAGUCUGGAGUUUAUUCAUUCAGAUGUGUCUGGCUUUGAGAUACCUGCACAAAGAGAAGAGGAUCGUCCACCGCGACCUGUCCCCGAACAACAUCAUGCUGGGGGAGAAGGACAAAGUCACCAUCACCGACUUCGGCCUCGCCAAGCAGAAGCAGGAGAACAGCAAGCUAACGUCAGUAGUCGGCACCAUCCUUUACUCCUGUCCAGAGGUGGUGAAAAACGAGCCGUACGGAGAGAAAGCUGACAUCUGGGCUCUGGGCUGCAUCCUCUACCAGAUGUCCACGUUACAGCCUCCGUUCUACAGCACCAACAUGCUGUCGCUGGCCAGCAAGAUUGUGGAGGCCAUCUACGAGCCGAUCGAAGAAGGAGCCUUCUCAGAGAGAGUCACGGAGAUGAUCAGAUGGUGUUUGAGUCCAGACGCAGACCAGCGGCCGGACAUCGUGGCCGUCAGCUCCAGGAUCUCUGACCUGAUGAUGAGGCUGAUGGACGGCCUCUACACUUCCCAGAAUGCACUGGAGCGGAGAGCGGAGAGAGACCGACAACGAGCUCAGAAGUACUUCCUCGAAAGGCACAGAAACCGGUCGCAGGAAAGAUCCUUAGUGAAGACAGAAUCUCUGGCCCCAUGCUCUUCUUCAAACCACAGCGAGCAGAGAAUCAAUGAAGAUGAUGCUUCAGAUGAGGACGCUGAUCCAGCUGAUGCCAAAAACAGCAGUUCUGCCUCUACAGGAAAACACAGCGUUUCCGCUUCGUUAAAAGGCUUGAAGUCCAGCCCCUGUGUUACACCUGAUCACAUUUUAUCCAGUGGGGACUUUGCGACUACGAAAACAAAACCAAGGCCAGUGUCAGCGGGGAUCUGCGUUUCCCAGAAGAAGCUUCGACAGAUUGACGAUCCCAUCCAGAGGCUCCUCGUUCAGCUGCACAAAAUCAUCUACAUCACUCAGCUUCCACCAGUUCCUCAUCACGACGUCAAGCGGCGCCUCAUCGACAGAUUCAAAAAGUCGCUCUUUCACUUUGGCAGCGACCCUUACGACCUGAAAGUGGAGCUCAGCAAGCUCCUCCUGGCCUCUUCAGAGCUCAUGGAGUUCAGUUCAGCGACUUCAGACCGGUGGCCGCUGGUUCAUCACUUCACUGGAGACCUUCACAGCUCUGAUAGCACAGUUGAUGGGAAUCUCAAAGAUGGAGUCACAUAUGUGCAGAUGCAGGCGAUCAUUGAGGAGCUUCUGGAGGAGAACAGCUACUACAGCAGCAGGGUCACAGAGAAACGAAACAAUCAAGAAAAGAAGUGACACAUCGUCUGUAUUAGUCCUCAGAAGCCACGGAUGCAUCUGGAAAUAAGAUAAAUAUUUAAUUCAUCCCACAGUGGAUAAAUCCUCUUUAUAGGAAAUCUAUAUUAUAAUUUAACAUGUGAAACUCACUAUUUAUUUGCACUUAAACACGCUGAAACCAAAGCGGACACGUUCAUGUCACCACACUCCUCCGUGAGUCUCAGGUGUUGCUCAUUUUGUACAAAUAUCCAAAGACUUUAAUUUAUUUCCCUCAGUCUGGGGAAAAUUGAUUUAGAAACAUACACAUAUCUGCAGAAGGUGUCUGCUCGUGUGAAUCUUUUUGUGUUUUUUAUUUUGUUUUCCAGUAGCACUUUAAAUUCUCAGGACCAGAACUCAGCGGUUAACAUCUUAUAAAAACAAAGUUCAAACAACUGGACUCGCCUUAGUCUUAGCUUUGUUUUUUGAUUUUCUAUCAUAACCUGAAUGACUGAGAAUAUUCAUCUUAAUUCAACAUGUCACCAAAGUCUGACUUCAGAUUUAUAACAAGUGAAAACCAGAUCACAGGCUUUUCUUGCCCUGGAUGAACUUGCACGUUGUUAUCUUGAAGAGCAGACAGCCACAAAUAAGCUUUCCUCUAAUCGAAAGGGGAAUUUCUCAUUAUCAUCAUCAUCUGCACAAUGAAUAUUUGUAUAUUUUAAAGCGACAUACACAAAUAAACAUGCAAAACCUUUAACUCAGUGUCCGUUUCUAAGUUUGUAUGUCGCUCUGUUGAGUCAAAUCAACUGAUUUAAAUGUGCAUACGAAAUACAUUUGUACACAUAAUUAUAUUUAAAGUGGGAACUUAGUUUCAUCAACAAAUUGUAAUGUUUUAUGUUAAGUUGAUGCUAAAAACGAUCUUGUUUUUUUGUUUGUAAUUUUGUCUGAACUAUCUAUUUUAAAAUGCACAGGGUCACAAACUCAAAAUAUAAGAACCGUAUUGUUCUUUGAAGAGCAAAAGCAGAAAAUAGCAACAAAAAAAAAAAUGUAAAAUGUAAUUUUACAAUUUGUCAUUUGCCAUGUGAUCCAGCUUUUUUUUUCAGUUCAAUUUAAUUUUAAAGGUUUGAAGCACUUUACAUUCCCUCUCUAAUGUGUUUUGAAUCUAAGUAAAGUAAAUUGUGAAAUAUUAGAUGAUGUAAAUCAGUGAUAAAAAAAAGGAUGUUUAUUUAUUUAUUUA